UACAGUGUCUUCACAUGUCCGCAACCUCUGACCCGUGUGCGGCCCGGGGUUACUACAUUACUGUAAUUAGUUACUUCCGCUGGUAAUAUUCUAAUCGCUGCGUCUCCUCCGACAGUUACACGAGUCAGAUAUGGCGAGGAGGAAAGACCUCGAAGGAAAUUCCAGCCAGCAGGAAAAGCUAGAUCGCCUCGGAAGGCACUGUCUCAGAAAAAGGAAAAUCAGAAACAUAAGCAAAAAAGCUCCGGAUGAAGUGAAAUACGCGAGAGAGAAAAAUAUUGAAAUUCGAAAGAUAACGAAGUGAAAAGAAAAAAAAAGUGUUGAUUAUGGAAAGAUGAUUGGGAAAUUGUUACCUUAAGAAAAAGAGAAAAAUCUUGGAAGCUAGUUGAUGAUGAGAAGAACAAAGUGUUUUGCAGAACUUCUAGAAAUUUCUGAUGAACAGCAGGACAUACCUUCAGUUCUUUGGUUCAUCUAGAGUGUCUUAUUAAUGAAUAGUGCGGUAUAAGAUCUCUCAAAAAAGAAAGAAAAAAACAGCCUGAAAAUAAUAGAGAACAAAAGAAAGAUUGGAGAAGUGGAGAAGGAAACUGAUGAAAGAAAUCAAAUCAAAGAAUAACGAGAUAAGAAAAUAAAAAUAAAAAAUAUAUAUAUCACGGUAUCCAACGGAACAAGAACGGGGAGAAAAACUCUCCAUAAAAUAAUACCAUAAAUCUAAUUUCACCGAAAACAAGGUUUCAAACUAAGCAAAAUAAUAAAAAAAACAGCCAUAAAUCCACACCAAACCAUCAUAAUUCAAAAUAUUUUUACCACGAAAGGUAAAAUUCCUUCCUCACUCCCUCCACUUUUCCCGCCAUUUUCCGCCAAUAUGUACAGCAUGGACGGCUUCGACAUGGAGGCUCUCAACAGACAAUUUUUCGAGUCUGCGGCCUUUAGUGAGUUCCAGGCGGGGGUCGUCUUUGAGCCCGGAAGUGGGGGGUCGUCGCCAGCACACCUUGACCAGGAAAACACGUACCUGAUGUUCGAGCCCGACAGCGGCGGCUCCUCGCCCUCCCACAACGAUCAGGAAAACACGGUGCUGCGGCGGAAGAAGAAGCGCCGCUGCCUCAUGGCGCAGAUGCAGCAGCGUCAGGCGGCCAACAUGCGCGAGAGGAAGCGCAUGCAGAGCAUCAACGACGCCUUCGAGGGCCUGCGCGCGCACAUCCCGACGCUGCCCUACGAGAAGAGGUUGUCCAAGGUCGACACCCUCCGCCUGGCCAUCGGCUACAUCAGCUUCCUGGCCGAGCUGGUGGCGAGCGACCGCGCCCGACCCCCCACCUGCACCGCCCAACCACAACGACUCCAACAGGAAGGUCAUCGUCAGAAGUUCCAGAAUGAGCGUGGACAGCGUGCCUCACUCCCUCACCUGGUCACACGUCAGGCCCCACGUCGUCAAUGGGAAGGUCACUGCUAAGACGUGGAUGCCAGAACAGCAGAAGCAGCAGUGAGAGGAUGGAAGCAGAAGCAGCAGUGAGAGGAUGGAAGCAGAAGCAGCAGUGAGAGGAUGAAAGCAGAAGCAGCAGUGAGAGGAUGGAAGCAGAAGCAGCAGUGAGAGGAUGGAAGACAGCAGUGGGAGAAGGACCGAACAGCAGAAGCAGCAGUGAGAAGAUGGCCGAACAGCAGUGAGAGGAUGGAAGCAGAAGCAGCAGUGAGAGAAGGGACGGGCAGAAGCAGCAGU